CAGUUUGCUUGGAUUAAAGUGCCAAUGAUUUAAGAAUUUUUAAAUGUCCCAAAAUCGACUUCAAAUGUGACGUCAUCACGUAAAGGUGGGAUGCGCGCAGAGCUCCUGCCCAGAUUUUAUUUACUACAUUUUAUUCCCGCAUUUAUUUCAUUAUUUUUGUCGUUACGCUCCAAGAGUGAAGCGGCGCGCGGGUUCUGCUGCCACCCGCGUGACGUAAUCAAUGCGGGAUUUAGAGAAUGUCGCACAGGUGGCAAGCUAGCUGACAACUGCGACGAUCUAAAGCACGCGCGACGCGCACCGAGCAGCACGCGCCCCACACAAUAGUCAUGAGAACAAAAGCCGCGCGCCGCGCUUUAUCUGAUUCAUGUUAAUGCGCGAGGACUAUUUGUUUGGCGGAUGGUUACUCUGGGAUAGGGAAGGCAGUUCCUGGUGAGCGCGAGGCGUUAGCGUGUUUUUUGUGUUUGCUAAAGUCUCGCAGGAGGAAGAGGAGCAGAGCGGGGAGGACUCACUGCGGAGAAACAGAGAGAGAGAGGGGAGUGAAUGGGCACGACUCAGCCAGCUCCUCAGCGGCGCUGCGCCCUUCAUCCCAUCUACACCGAGCGAUCCCCGAACUGAGACGCUUCCACCCCCGCGCGGGUCCGUGGAGCUGGCCCCCCGGGCCCCGGAGCGGCGGAGCCAGCGUGAUGGGACAUAAGUGAGGCAGCAGCCUGGAUCGCAGAGCAGCUGCAGCAGCCCCGACGGAGGAACAAACAAGGAAGCGCUGAGCUGAAGCUAACGGCUAAUAGCCGAAGCUAACGGCUAACUGUUGGCUAACAUCGAUUCUAAUGAGCCAGCGAGGAGCAUGCGAGCUAGCAGGAAGAGCUGACUUGUUUGGGGAUGUCGGGCAGUAAGGCGCUGGGCGGGGGGGCUGGCAGCGGGGCGAGGCGCAGGCGGACCCGGUGCCGGCGCUGCCAGGCCUGCAUGAGGACGGAGUGUGGAGAGUGUCACUUCUGUAAGGACAUGAAGAAGUUUGGAGGGCCGGGGAGGAUGAAGCAGUCCUGCCUGCAGAGACAGUGCACAGCGCCCGUGUUGCCUCACACCGCCGUGUGCUUCGCCUGCGGCGAGGCGGGGAAGGAGGACACGGUGGACUCGGAGGAGGAGAAGUUCAGCCUCUGUCUGAUGGAGUGCACCAUCUGUAACGAGAUCAUCCACCCCAGCUGCCUCAAGAUGGGAAAAGCUGACGGAAUCAUCAACGAUGAGAUCCCCAACUGCUGGGAGUGUCCAAAGUGCCACAAGGAGGGGAAGACCAGUAAGGACCAGCAGGACGGGUCGGGCAAGAGGAGGCUGGAUAACGGGGAGGUGGGCCGCUGGAAGCUCACGGACGAGCCUCCUCCUAAAAAGAAAGCCCCUCCUCCACUGGAGGAGGCCGCCAGGGGGGAGGGGGGGCACAAGAGGAAGAAGGAGAAGGAGCAGCCUCUGGAGAGCGGUCCGAAGAAGAAGAUUAAAGGCGCGCACGAGAAACGCCUGAAAAAGCUCUCCUCCAACCUCAUCCCCCCCUCCGCUCUGCACGACGGCUUCACCAAGCAGCGCAGCAACGGGCAAGAGACCCGGAACGGGCGGACCCGGGGCGGGACGGGGGGCGGGGAGAAGGAGAACGCCAGCGGCAUUCUGACCAAUCAUAGACACGCCGCAGGGGGCGGGGCCAAAGGCAGCCGCGGCAACAAAAUCCGCAACAGCAAGAACCAGAACCAGAGGACCAGCGUCUCCUCUUCCUCCUCCUCCAUCCCCACCUCCAACGGGGGGGGCAUGGCGAGCAGCGGCCUGCUGAUGUCGGCCAUGGCGGCGUCGCCCUGCCAGCCUUCACGUCUCGCCCCGCGCUCUCAGAUGAUGAAGCGCAGCCCGCCGGCGGUGCCCUCGCCGCCCCGGCCCGUCCAGAUGGAGAGGCACCUGGUGCGGCCCCCUCCCGCCUGCCCGGAGCCCAGCUGCCUGCUGCUGGACUGCGGCUCCGCCCACAUCAUGACCCGGGACGCCUGGCUGCGGGUCUUCACCUACCUGAGCCAGAGGGAGCUGUGCGUCUGCAUGCGGGUCUGUCGGACCUGGAGCCGCUGGUGCUGCGACAAGAGGCUGUGGACGCAGAUGGACCUGAGCCGCCAGCGCUCCAUCACCCCCCCCAUGCUGAGCGGGAUCAUCCGCCGCCAGCCCGUCUCCCUCAACCUGGGCCACACCAACAUCUCCAAGAAGCAGCUGAUGUGGCUCAUCAACCGCCUGCCAGGUCUGCUGGAGCUGGACGUGUCCGGCUGUCCCUGGACAUCCGUCUCUGCUCUCUGCCAGGCCGUCUGUCCCUGCCUGAAGCUGCUGGACCUCAGCAGGGUGGAGGACCUGAAGGACUCCCACCUGAGGGAGCUGCUGGCCCCGCCCCCUGAGUCCCGGACAGCUCACAGCGAGAGCAGAGCGGGACGCUUCCAGAACAUGACAGAGCUGCGAUUGGCCGGUCUGGAUCUGACGGACGCGGCGUCCCGCCUCCUGGUGCGGCACACCCCCCACCUCACCCGCCUGGACCUGAGCCACUGCGUCAACAUCACGGACCAGACGGUGCGGAACCUCACCGUCUCCCCCCUGAGGGAGAGCCUCACCCACAUCAACCUGGCAGGCUGUGUGAAGCUGACGGAGCAGAGCGUCCAGCUGCUCCAGUGCUGCUCCGCCCUGCAGACCGUAGACCUGCGCUCCUGCUCCCUCCUCUCCGCCGAGUCUGGACAGCUGCUCUCCUUCCCCUUCCAUUCCGCCUCCUCCUCCUCUUCCUCCAACACCGCCUCCUCCUCCUCCUCAGCCCCCACCGCCGUCGCUGCUCUCUCCUCCUCCGCUGCUCCUGACGACAGAACGCUGCUGAAGAACAGCUAAGCCCUCUGGGUCAUGUGACAGCUGCUGUGCUCAGCCUCUAAGCCCCGCCUCCGUCCUCGUUACACUACAGACCAGCGAGGAAGAGGAGGAUGAGGAUGAGGAGGGUACUUGGUGAAGGUGAAUCGUAACCCUGAGCAUGUACAUAUUUCUGGGUGUUUGUAUAUAUCUGUAGUUUACUGUAAAUGACCUUUGACCUCCCAACACUCCGCCCCCCUCCCUCCUGCGACCAAUCACGGCGGCCCGUUCAUCAGACCCCUCCCCCCCCCGAACCAGGACCCGGAAGCAGGUUCUGCUCCUGCUGCUGUAAGAUCAGAACCUGUGAUGAGUCCGGUUGGACGUUUACUUCCUGUUUAAACUGAGCCUCAUCAGAACCCCCCUCCCCCACUUGUUUCUCAGGUUUUUUUGUUUUGUUUUGUUUAAUUCGUUGGGCGGCGCCGCAGCACUUCCCGUCUGAUCCAAUCCCACCGGUUCUGGUCCGCCUCUGACCACCCUGGUUCUGAGUUGUGGGUCGGUUCUGGAGGAGACCCAGAUCUGGUUUAUGUUCUGGUUGGGAUGACUUCUGAUGAGGCAGAUUGGGUCGGAGCGGUACCGGGUGGAGCCACACCCCCUGGCGCCUCCUCAGCUGGUUCUGAUCAGUGUUUCUCCCGACAGCUGGUUGGUUCUGAACGGGUUCUUCAGAUUUGGACCCAGUUUCAUAAUCUGGGUGGGUUCCUGGUUCUUACCUCUAGCAGAACGUUUAGACCCGAUUGGAUCCAGGAUUUGUAAAAUGAAACCGACCCGUUU